AUGGCCAUGGAUACCAAGCUCCUUCUAAUUCUCUUGCUGUCCUCCCUAAUAGCCUUAUUUUCUGCAUGUCUAGCACAGUCCGCCCAAGGAACAGAGAUAGACCCUGAACUUAAAACAUGCAAACACCAGUGCAGACAACAGCAGCAGUAUAGCGAGAGUGACGAACGUAAAUGUCUGGAAAGAUGUGACAGGUAUCAUCGGAUGAAGGAGGAGCGAGAGAGAGAAAUAGAAGAGGAAGUCCGGAGAAGGAAAGAGCAUGAGAUGGAAGAAACGGGAAGUGACGAUCAUCAUAGAUCACGUACGGAAAGCAAAGAAGAAGAAGAGUGCGAGGAGGAGGAGGAAGAGGGAAAUCCUUUUGUUUUCGGGGACGAACAGUUUGAGAGGAGAGUCGAGACAGAGGAUGGCACAGUUCGGGUUCUCCAGAAGUUCACCGAAAAAUCCAAGCUUCUUCGGGGCAUUGAGAAUUUUCGUUUUGCUGUUUUAGAAGCUCAGCAACAUUCUUUCGUAUCUCCAUGUCACUUCGAUUCUGAGCUCGUUAUCUUCACUGUCAAAGGGCGAGCUACCAUCGGGUUGGUGGGGGAAGACAAAACAGAAAGAUUCAACCUUGAACAAGGAGACAUCAUGAGGAUACCAUCAGGUACUCCUUUUUACAUCGUCAACAGGGAUGAGAACGAGAAGCUCCUUCUUGCCCAGCUCCAUAUUACUAUCUCUAUCCCUGGACAUUUUGAGGCAUUUUAUGGGCCUGGUGGGCGAGACCCAGAAUCAGUUUUGAGAGCAUUCAGCUGGGACGUACUUGAAGCUGCAUUAAAGGGGCAGAAGGAGAACCUGGAGAGGCUGUUCGGAAGACAAAAGAAGGGAAGCAUUUUCAGAAUAUCCAGAGAUCAAGUACGGUCUCUGAGCAAGAGAUGGGAAGGUCCUAGAAUUUGGCCCUUCGGAGGGCAAGGGAGGGGUCCAUUCAAUAUCUUCCACAACAAACCAUCUGUUUCCAACGACUACGGCCGUCUCUAUGAAGUGGGCCCUGAAGACCAGAGCGACCUUGAUAACCUCAAUCUCAUGAUCAGCUUCGCUAACAUUACCAACGGAUCUAUGUCGGCUCCUUUGUACUACACAAAGGCAAUCAAGAUAGGUAUGGUGACGGAAGGCAUUGGAGAAGUUGAGGUUGUGACUCCACACAUGUCAGAAGAACAGCAGAAGAGGAAGAAAAGCAGCCCAAGAUACAGGAGGGUAAGCGGUCGGUUAAGGCCGGGGGUGGUGUUCGUUGUCCCCGCGGGGCAUCCCUUCGUGACCAUGGCAUCCAGGGAAAGCAACCUGCAGAUACUCUGCUUCGAGGUUAAUGCACGAGGGAACAAGAGGCUGGCUUUUGCAGGGAAGAGGAACAUAGUGAAGGCGAUGGACGGGAAAGCGAAAGAGCUGGCGUUCAUGUGGGCGGAGGAGAAGCUGAACGCCGCAUUUAGCAGAGAAGAGGAUACCUUUUUCCCUGGGCCUCAGAAUCACGAGGAGGAGGAGGAGGAGGAGGAGGCUCGUCGUGCUGAGGCGUAA